AUGAAGUACCUACUUUCCCUGCUGUUGAGCCGGCGAGCAAAUCGCGCUGAAUGCAUUCCUUAUUCUGAAAAUGGCAAGGGAACGAGGGAUGGCAAGAGUGCUGAAUUUGUCCAACCAGCUGGUAUACUUGUGGUAGACUGUUCUACGGGAUGCUUGAGGAUGAUAAGUGAAGUUCCUCCUCUAGUCAGACUUUUGAGCAGCCACCUGAAAAAGCAGAUACCAACGCCCUUCACAAUCGACGCAGCAAUCACCAGAAUCGAAGAGGUAUAUGACUUUGAUUGUCAGUGCAUACACAGAACAAGUCAAAGCCUUCCUUAG